AAACAGUGACGAACGCAAUCUGUCCGUAGUCGUUGUCGUAGUCUUAGUCGAGUCGCCCAAAUAGCACCGCAACCGCACCAAACGGCGCGGAGUAAAGAACAAAAUAAAAUACCGCAGAGAGAAAACGCCUCCUCCGGACUUGUUGAAGACGAAAAUUUUCUUUUUUUUUUUAAUACAUAAACAUACUAUUAUAAGUUCGUAAAUAGGCUUGCAUCUUAUUUUGUUAAAUAGUUUGCUCUAAAUCCGUGCUUCUAAGUCAUAGCUUUUUUUUGUUUAGUUCAAUCUUUUUUAAAGUGGAAAUAAGUGGAACAACAUCGCGUAGGAAUUUCACACAUAAUAAUUGUGAAUUUGUGUGUUUCUAAUCUAUUGAGAAGUUUCAAUUCUAUACUAGCGGUUUUACGAAUCUCUUAAUAUUUUUACGCCCCAUUCAAGAAUUUAGAUAAGAUCAAAUUAUCAUGGCAGAUCCAGGUUUCCCCGGUCGUCACACGACAACAACCCAGGUUACUCAAACAUCAGUAUCGCCUCAGUUCCGAUUUGAUAAGUCAUACAUUCACACAAUUCCUGGCAUGAUAAAAAUCGCCUGCAUUGUUUUUAACUUAUUAGGAUUUAUAAGCAUUCAAGUCAGUGCAUUUUCACAUCAUUCCCGUGGUAGCUACUUUAGUUCAAUAGCCAUGACAGGAUUUUGGUUCACUGUUCUUAUGUUGGCUGCCUACCUGUUUCAUGUGUGCGAGAAGUUCUACAAAAUUCCUUGGUUGAAGAUAGAAAUGUACUUCUGUGCGCUUUGGACGGUUUUGUAUCUAUUUGCUGCUUGUUUUGCGGCUACAUUCGCAAGCGGAGCGUAUAAAGUUGGAGCUCUCUUUGGAUUUAUCGCGAUGUGCCUUUAUGGAUAUGAUGCUUUUUUGAAAUAUAACGCUGUUCGAAGGGGUGAAAUCGCCCAAGGAGUUCGAAUUGUGGAGCAACGUCAACAACAGACAACUGUAACAAUUGCAUAAACAAUAAACAAAUACCUUUUUUGGGUAUUUAAACAUUUCUUAACAAACAAAAGAACACUCUACUUAUAAUAAUGACGUUGUGCAAUUAUAUAUUUUUUUAAAUGAAAAGCGUUUUGUGCCUAUCUUUUUGAUUAUACUUACAUAUUUUCACCCUUGAUGUUAAAUACUUUUUUUUGUAAAAUAUAUACUAUACAUAUUUAUACAUUAUACUAUAUUACCGCAAAUUUAUAACUGAUUUUAAUAAGUUAAGAAAAUAAUAAAAUACAAGAAACAAAACGAGAACAAGUACAUAUUAACAGAAAUCUAAACUAAAUGGGCACUUGAACAAAAAGCUCAAUGCUCAUCGAUCUUAUUCAAUGUACCACCAAUCUAUUGAUGCCUUUAAUAAUAAAAAGAGAAUAAUAUAUAAAAUA